UUUUUUUGUAAACUUGAUUGAUUUUUCCCAGAACCAACCCGUAUUCUACAAAGUGGUUAACCAGUUGAUAAGUGUAAGAGAUAUUUUUGAAAUAAAAUACUAUCCUUACAUUGAAGUGGCUACUGUCGACUAUUUGGGAUCCAAUAAAAACAGCGCCAAAAUUAAAGAAAUUAAGUUCAUCUACAAAGAUGGAGGAAGGUUUUAUAAUCUCAAAUUUGAUUCUAAGUUGAUCGAUGAAAUUUCUAUGGAUCAAAUCAAUUCCAAACCACAAACAAAUCCUAGUUUUAAGGAAUAUGCACAUUCUAUCGUACCAAUGCGAGUCGGGAGUAAGGGAGCAGUCAAAGACUUUCUUUUUACACCCAACGAUAGAUCAAGGAAAUUGAUCAAUAUUUCUCCAGCUGGGAUGAAUCUGAGGGUCGGUUCGACAUGGGACAAAAAAUUCGAAGGUGUACGAGGUAGCACUACAAAUGAGUUCAUUUGCAGAAGAGAGUAUGGCCUUGACUUUCCUCAUAUAUUCACGCCAGAGUGUUCUGUAAAGCACAACCUUAAAAACUCGGAUAAAAGUAUUUAUGCAAAAGUCACUGCUGAGGAUUUCCCAAGAAUGUUUACGGUGGCAAACCGCGAAGUCUGGCUUUGUACAAAUAAUCAUGGUCCGAUCUACCGUGUGGUCAAUCUAGUUAUUGGAAGAGUGCCAAUAAAAAGCAUUGAACCAGAAGAUGACAUCAUUCUGAUAGAUUCCAUUAAUAUAACUAAUGGAGUUAGUGUGAUUUUCAAAGAAGUCGGAUUCUUCAAAUUUUAUCUAUUAGAACGACAUGAUUUUGAAACCCCAUAUAUACUAAAAGAGGAUGAUACUGUCAGGGAAUCGAAAUUAGGAAAUUCUCUGUUUUGGGAUGGCAGAUAUAAGCUACCAAGAAUGGGAAUUUAUAAGAAUAUAAUCAACGCAAAAGGGUAUGACCUGAGAAUCGGAUCUAAAACAAGUGGACCAUUAAGUACUAAUGUUAACAAUCUUAAAUCCAGCUGUGGAGAGAGAAAUUAUUUUCAUCAAGAUUUUCUUACGAAAUUGAGAUUAAAAAUGAAGGUGGAUGAUGUGGUUCAAAGCAAUGAGUUGAUUGAAGACAUUGAUGAGUCUCAACACUUCUUCAAGUACAAAAAUAAUAGGGUUUGGAAAUGUGAGGAAAAAACAACUAAUAAAACUUUUUGGAUGAUAGUGAACGUGAUGGAGGUAUUGGUUGCGGUGCGUGUGGUGGAAACUUUCGAUGGUGUCGAAUUAGUCCAGAAACCAGCCAGCAAUGGCACAUUGAAACUUCUAGACAUUCACGAAACAAAGUUUCUAGAUGAGAAUUAUAAUCAAGUGAUUUACCUGGGGCAGCUUGAGUUUGAAAAUAAUGCAGCCAUUGGUGAGGUAUCUCAAAUAAGACAGAGUGAUGGAGAAGUGCUGCGGAAGUCGUUGGAUGAGAUAGCCCACCGCCUGGGUGGCAGAGCAACACGGCACUGCUACACGAACCUACGUGACAUCAAUGUCGUAUAUCGCGAGCCGAAGGACUUCUCCCCCAAACAAUUGGACAAGAUCGUCGGUGCCGGGGACAGCUUAUUGAAAUUCGAACUUGAUGUGACUAUUGAUGACAAGUCUGUCAAAACGAAAACCAAACCUGGAUUCGCCCUUGACUGUGAAAUAAUGAAGGAAUCACAAGAAAAAAUUUACCCAAAUUUCAAGAUUUUCAAAAGAGACACAAUAGUUCCUCACGAUAAUGAAUUGAGAGAUGCUGACAAAAGUGCUAAGUAUUUAAUAUUUGAAGGAAAUGAGAUUUGGAAGUGCACGGUACCAGAAAUGAAGGUGUUCAGACUGUUCAGAGUUGUAGUAAACCAGCACCUAAAAAAAGACACCAACAUUGGAAAGGUGGAGUAUCCCGAGUUAGAUGAAGUGGAGAUAGAAAAUGAAGACUCUGACUAUUUGGUCAGAUUCAAACAAAUCAGAUAUGUUAGCUCUAAAACGGAUGAACAUCCUCAAAUCAUUGACUUCCGUGGCUAUUUAUUCCUUCAUAAAUCUCCUGUACCUGGCACUGUUCUAAGUGGAACAAAGAUUUUGGAUUGGACAAAUACAAAAAUGAUAAAUAAUUACGAAAAGCAUGCCGUUCAAUAUGAUCUUGAUCGUCAGAAUCUUUACACUGAUAAGGUGAUAGUUGAUUACAAUAAUUUGCAAACUGAAAAAAAUAUCAUUGGAGAUUGGAUCAAAGUGGGAACGUGCCUAUGGAAAUCGUGAAACAUAUUUACUCUGUGUGGAGGAAGAUGGAGAUAGUGGUGACCACUGGCCAGAAGUGAGAGAGAAGGGAAAGAUUGUUGCAGCUGAUGAAAAGGUCGUGAAUCUUUUCCCCACUUAUUUCAAUCUUCUACAUCAGAAAAGAUCGUUAUGUACUGAUAGGAGUAUACAAAAAAGAAUUUUAAGGAUAGAGAACCAGUUUUCAAUGAAAUCAUACCGCGAAAUUCCACGGCCAGUUGAAUAUCUCUCCUACAACGAAAGAGUCUCCGUAUUUUUUGGGGAGACAAAAACCUCUGGAAUUGGUUAUGAGAUUAUUGAAAUCAAAUAUAUAGAUCCCGAAGACCAAGCUGUAUUGAAUGUGCUAGUAGAUCGAUUCGGGCAAAAGGUUGUUAAUACAACACAAGUUUACCACGGGAUUUCCAAUAAGAAACUGAAGAGUUUAAAGCAGGAAGAAUUGGACCAAAAUUUCAGAAGAGACAUACGCUAUUCGUUGCGAGAGCCGUACGAAGUGUAUAGAAUUGAACUGGAUUUUGGGAUGAAGUUGGAGAUUGGACAGAGUUAUUCAUCAAAAGAUAUAGUCAGCUGUUUAUUG